AUGGGCGAUGAAGAAAAAACCCAAGGCUGCGAGUCGACUGAGCGCCCUCUCGAUUUCGAGACGCACCUCGAGCUGAAUCAGUUGGGCCCGGAUAUCUUUACCAACGUCCAUCGACCAUGGCUGUUCCACAUCACCAACACGGUACCUGGCCCGUUAAUGAUGGCCGAGGCGGCGGCCGCGGCGUACAAGACGGUGCCCGAGGGCUUCGCGCUCGACUCACUACAGACGCACUUCAUGUUGGCGCCUGAUGCGACGAAACCGCUCCUCUACAAGGUGCGACGACUCAGUCAGGGCCGCCGAUUCGCCGUGCGGCUCGUCACCAUCGAGCAGGAGGGCAGGUCCUACGUAACCAUCACCAUCAGCUUCCUCAGUGGCGCGCCUUGGACGGGCCGCACCAUGACGCACGCCGUGUCCAGGAGGACGUCGCACCAGAUCCAGCACAUCACACUGGACGAUUUCGAGGAGACGCGCACUCGUCUCGGACCGUUCAUGAAGUCCGAGAGACUGCCGCUUGUGCACGAGGAACCGCAGGACCCAAGUACGACCAUCGCGCCCGUCGUCGCACAGAUCGACCCGCCCAUCAAGUCGGCGACCGGCUCGCCCGCCCACCUCCUCGCCAUCAUCCAUCUUUCCGACUACCAUGCCAUGGACUGUCCGCUGUCUAUCCACGGGGUCGAGUUUGGCCUCUGGAAGAUCGGCGACCGUACAAGAACACCGACCGCGGCAGGCAUGAAGAUCAUGACCAGUCUCAAUCACUCGGUCCACUUCCACGUCCACGACGGGUUCCGCGCAGACGAGCUCGUCUACAUCGAAGUCACUUCUCCCUGGGCUAGAGAUGGCCGGGCCAUGAUCCAAUCCCGCAUCUUCAGCAAGGACGGGCUGUUGAUCGCCACGUGUAUCCAAGAAGUAUGA